AUGCGCCCUCCCCUACCAAAGCUGCAGAGCAUGCGAAAUUUAUACGCCUCCCCUACAAAAGUUACUGAGCACGCCAAAUCUAUGCGUCCUCCCCUACAAAAGAUAAAGAGCUCGCUGAAUUUAUGGCCUUCCUUACAAAAAAAAAAUAAAGAGCACACCAAAUUUAUGGUUCCUCUCCUACAGAAGUUCCACAUCAAUGAUGUCAAGUUCUUCUCUCUUUUUAGAAACGUAUUCGCAAACAAAUUCAAUGAUGUACCAUUUCUUUCUUGCUACAAAGUUCCAGCCGCCGCCGCCGCCGCCGCCGCCGCCUUCUUCUUCUUCUUCUUCUUCUUCUUCUUCUUCUUCUUCUUCUUCUUCUUCUUCCCUUUUGUUGCUCUAUUCUAUGCUGAAAUAUUCUGCUUUUCUUUUCUUUUUCAUACUCCUCUCUACGCUCUUAGUGCUUUUCUUUUCUUUUUCAUACUCCUCUCUACGCUCUUAGUGCUUUUCCUUUCUUCAUACUCCUCUAUAUCUUUUUUCAUUCUCUUCUAA